AAAAUUCCUUGGAAAAAUAAUUCUCUUUAAUGUUUUCAUGAUCCCACAGCACCCUCACCAAUCUCUAACAUUAGGGUACGCACUGCGCGGCGGCCAAGCCAUCUCAAGCCGGAGCUGCUCUUCACCCUUCCUCCUACUCGGUACAACACAACAACAUUUGUUGUGGAGUGAAUGGGUGCGGCGGAGGCCAACACGACACUUCAUGCUCGUCCCGAAACGACGUCGGAGAAUAUCGAAGCAUUGCUUGAUGCUGCAAGAUACGAUGACAUGGAUGAUGUUAAGAGCUUAGAAGCCAGUGGUGUUCCUCUUGAUUCCAAGGAUGAACAAGGGAGGACAGCUCUUCAUAUGGCUGCAGCUAAUGGACAUAUUGAUAUUGUGGAGUAUUUAAUCAGUAGAGGGGUGGAUCUUAAUUCACCAAAUGAGGAAAAGAAUACACCUCUUCAUUGGGCAUGUCUCAAUGGGCAUGUGGAGGCUGUGAAGAAAUUAAUCAUGGCUGGAGCUAAUGUUAGUGUCUUAAACAGUCACGAGAGGACUCCAAUGGAUGAAGCAGUGAGUGGGGGAAAGCCAGAAGUGAUGGAUGCGAUUAAUGAAGCAGUGGCACUAGUUGAACUUCGUGGUGCUAUGGUUUUUGCACAGGAAACUUGAAGUUUAUGCUACACUAACUAGCUUGUAAUAUGAGAAAUCUGUGAUGGUUAUACAUGUUUUCCUAUAAUGGGUAUUUUGUUAGUUCGAACAAGAUCAUGAGUGUUUUGGUAUCCUCCUCCCUCCCAAGUUUCCAUUAUGGAAUUCCUCUUCGGAAAAUGGAAUUGAAGGAGUUGGAAUGAAGUGGAUAGUUUUACUUUUGAAGUUAAUUAGUUAUUUUUUUCCUGGAAAAUCAAUGAAAUGCCAUACACUCGAAUAUGAGAAAUUAACAUUUUAUUUAUCCA